UUGCUUUUGACCCGCAAAAACACUAGCGAGUUCAGGAUCCAGACAUCUCGCAGGCGAUUUCGCAAGCCGUUCAACAUGGACGUCGUGCCUUGGGAGUGCCGUGACGUGGAGGACCAGGCCGAAGCUCACUACAAUGCCCCUCUCCGCGUAAAGAACAAGGCGCUCACCGACGAAAACACACGACUGAAGAAGCUGCUCCGCGAAAACGGCAUCUCUUGGUCUCCAGUCUCCGCCAACUACCAGAAGCUCACCCGCCCUAAUGGCCGCCGCACCCGCUCUUCCAUCUGCUCCGAAUCUUACCACAACCCGUACUUGCCGACCGAGGUCUUGUUGCGCAUUCUCAAGUAUUCACUGAUCUCCACCGGCCCAAUCAUCGACCCUCUCUCGAAGCUCAAGCCCGAGAACCUCACGACCGCAGAGCGAACCCGCGGCAAUCAGAUUGCCAUCCACUUCCUGGCCACCUGCAAGGCCAUGUACGAGGAGGGCAGCCGCAUUUUGUGGAAUCGGAACACCUUCGUCUUCACAACUCCCGAAGCCGUGCGCAACUUUGCCGACCUCGACUUUGCGUAUCGCAAAAAUGUCAAACAUGUCAACUUCCGAAUCAUCGCCCAGUACUUCGACGACAAGAAGCGCAAACACAAGCUCGACCGGUCUUACCAUCCAUCUCUCAAAAGUGAUGUCACCCUGCGAACGGUUCCGCGCGUUAACGAGAACACCUACGCCCGCGGUGGCUUCCGCUGCUACACCUGGGGCCAAGUUGUGGAUUUUCUGCGCGCCCUCCGUGCUCCGUACGACCCCAAGCACGACAGGAAGCUCGUUCGACCUCGUUUGUUUCCCAACUUGGGUUCGCUUCGGAUUGAUCUCGUCAAUUUCAUGGACGAUUUUCUUCCCAUGCCGGGCAGCGAUCUGCACGACAUGGCGUCGCAUGAACUGGGUUGCUCACUCAACGAACUGCAGGUCACAGGUCUCCCGAUUGACGAUGCGGGUAGCAAGGCCACCGCAGAACUUACCGGGCUCAUUCGAGACGAAGGUCUCUUUCUUGCCGGUCUGCCCUCGUUUGUUCAGCUAGGAAAAGCACUGAGACCGCUGUCCGGCAUUUCGAGCUGCGCACGUGUUGUCAGGGCAUGGAAGUCGCUGAAACCAAAGAACAUUGCCGGUUCUUCCAACGAUCCCGACUCGGACUCAGACUCAGACAUUGACCCCGACCACCACCACCCCCGUGAGCCCACCAUGCCGCCUGCACCCCGGGAGACGGGCCACCCCAAGUCCUCGCCUAGCCGCAAGGACCUUACGAUAUGGAAGAGAGUGCCCAAAACCCGUGACGGCGACGAGCGUCAGUGGACCGAGUUUUGCCGAAGCAGCGGCUACCCUAUGGAGGAUGCCGAGGAGCUGACGAGCGACGACGAGUUGGGCGUAUGUCCCUGUUGCGGAGAGCCCCACCCUAGCUUGCUGGAGCUUCUCGAGAUGGAAGGGUACGACGAUGACGAGUUCUAA